GGAAAUGCUUCGAUUUGCAAAAAUACAUAGUGAUGUUCGCUUAAGAAUACAUCAACAAAAAAAAAACAUUGUUUGUAAUGGAUGAGAAAAAGAUUACGAUGAACGUGAGAAACGAUGAGUUAAGCGAAGAAUCAAAAACUCUAAUCUCUUCACUUCCUUCAGACAAAAAUUCCACUGGGGUAAAUGUUUGUAAGUACCAAGGAUGUUGGUAUACUCCGCCUAUUCUCCAAGGUGUCCUCAAUUUCCAGAAAAACUUUAAGCCUCAAGACACCGAUAUCAUCGUUGCUUCGUUCCCUAAAUGCGGCACCACUUGGCUCAAGGCGCUUACAUUCGCACUCGUUCGUAGAUCGAAGCACCCUUCUCAUGAUGAUCAUCAUCCACUUCUUUCUGAUAAUCCACACGUUCUUUCACCCUCCCUUGAGAUGUAUCUCUAUCUAUGUAGCGAAAAUCCCGACCUUACCAAGUUCUCAUCAUCUUCGAGGCUGUUUUCGACACACAUGCCGUCACAUACAUUGCAAGAAGGUCUCAAAGGUUCUACUUGUAAAAUUGUGUAUAUGUCUAGAAACGUAAAAGACACAUUGGUUUCAUAUUGGCAUUUCUUUUGUAAGAAACAAACCGAUGAUAACAUAAUAAGCAGUGUCGAGGAUACAUUUGAGAUGUUUUGUAGGGGAGUCAACUUUUUCGGGCCUUUUUGGGACCAUGUCCUAAGCUACUGGAGAGGAAGCUUGGAAGAUCCAAACCAUGUGCUUUUUAUGAAGUUUGAGGAGAUGAAAGAAGAACCUCGUGAGCAGAUCAAGAGACUAGCCGAAUUCUUAGGAUGUCUUUUUACUAAGGAAGAAGAAGAAAGCGGCUUGGUGGAUGAGAUUAUCGAUCUUUGCUCUCUACGUAAUCUGAGCAGUUUGGAGAUCAAUAAGACCGGAAAAUUGCAUAGUACUGGUAGAGAGAACAAAACAUUUUUCCGUAAGGGAGAAGUUGGUGACUGGAAGAACUAUUUGACUCCUGAAAUGGAGAACAAAAUCGACAUGAUCAUUCAAGAGAAACUUCAAAACUCUGGUUUGAAAUUCUGAGUUUGUGUGCUUUUGAGCUUUUCUUUAAUGCAUUGUAAUAAUAAGACUACCUUUUAUGUUGUUGUUAUAUUCCUUCUGUAUGCUCUCGUGUAAGCGUUCUUACCUUAUAUAUUCUACAUAUAUAGUGGUUAAUGUCUC